AUGAGUAGGGCAGAAGUUGAUCUACAAAUUAGUGUAAAAAAGGCGUGCAAUUCAGAUGAAGUUCCUCCAAAGAGAAAGCAUGUUCGUGCAUGCAUAGUGUACACGUGGGAUCAUAAAAAUUCAAGGGCAUUUUGGAACGCUGUUAAAAUCCAGCCUUUACAAAGCAGUGAGGUUCAACUAUUCAAAGCACUCAUAAUGAUUCAUAAAGUUUUACAAGAGGGCCAUCCUAACACUCUUAAGGACGCAUACAGGAACAAAGAUUUCUUGUACUCGUUGUCAACAGUGUUCUCAAGCUCAUCCAGCUACGGGAGACUCAUUAACCAUUAUGAUCGAUUUUUGUUGAGAAAACUUGAUUUUCACAGAAAUAAUCAAGGGUUCAAUGGAAUUUUUGAGUAUGAAGAAUAUAUUUCAUUGAGAACCGUAAACGAUCCUAAUGAAGGUUACGAGUCCAUAUUGCAAUUGAUGGAUCUUCAGGAUUUGAUAAAUGAUCUUCAAAAACUCAUCUUUUCCACUGUUCAUCAGACUCCAAACAAUCUUUGCAAGAUAUCAGCACUUGUACCACUCAUUUCCGAAUCCUACGGCAUUUAUAAAUUCUUGACGUCAAUGCUUAGAGCGAUGUAUCAGCAAUUGGGAAAUGAUGAAGCUUUGUCGGCACUAUUUGAAAGAUUCAAUUCGCAGCAUUUCUACCUCAGAGAAUUCUAUGCUGACUGCCAAGCUAUCAAAUUUUUGACCAGUUUGAUAACCAUUCCUAGAGUACCCCAUACGCCUCCAAAUUUGAAACAACAGGAUGAUUCUCACUUUCAUGAAGUCUCAGAGCCACUGCAUGAUUCAUUAAAUGCUUUGUCAGCUCAGCAAACUUCAAAUUUUAAGCCGCCGCUGCUUCCGCAAUCUACGGAUGAUUUGAAUCAAGCUAGAUUGAUUGAACAACAAAAACUUGAACAACAGCAAUUGCAGCAGCAUCAACAGGAUCUCGAAUUCCAACGGCAACAACAAUUACAAGAUCAGAUUAGAAGGCAACAAGAGUUUGAACAACAGAAGCUUGAGCAAGAACGUAGCAACCUUCACGAACAACAAAUGUUGAGACUUCAACAAACAAAUGCUCAAAACUCUAGAGUAACCGAGCUAGAGAACGACUUAAUAGUCUUCAAAAACCAAUUUGAUAACGAUCAAGCUUUGCUUCAACAAUAUGACGCUCGUGUAAAGUCUCUAGAGACUGAAUUACAGAGUAUCAAUCAAACUGCCUCCGAACAAUUAGCAUCUAAGGAUGAACAGAUUCGCAAUAUCGAGGAGCAAAUCACAAAUUGGGCUAAGAAAUAUGAAGCUUUAGCAAAGCUUUACUCACAGUUGCGGUCCGAACAUUUAAACCUUUUGGCCAAAUUUAAGAAAAUUCAACAAAAGAUCAGCAGCGCUCAAGAGUCGAUCACCAAGAAAGAGAAGUUUGAGAAGGAGUUGAAACAAAAAAAUUUGGAGCUUGCGGACCUCAUCAGAGAGAGAGAUCGCGCAAGAAUGGAUCUUGACCGCAUGAGAAUCACAAAAGAUCAAGAGAUUGAGAAGCUAAGCAUCCAACAUCGCGAAUUUUCCUCCAAGAUCAGCAAUUCAGAUGAGGAGUCUUCCAAAAAAAUAAAGACAUUGAAGGAACAAUACGAAGCUGACCUUAGUGCCUUGACCGAACUUCUUAAAGAAAAGGAUGCAAAGUUAGCUCAAAUGGGCAAUAUACACGAACUUCAAGAGAAGCUUAAAAAGAAAGACAUCGAUCUUGAAAUCGUGCAAGAGUCUUUGGAUAGUGCGUUGAAAGAGUUGUCCUUAAGCAGUCAACAGGAGAUGGCCCCAAGCAAGCUUUUUAAUCUCUUGAACAUUAUAUUAGCUAACAGUGUUCGCAGAGUCCAAGAUACAAAGUAUGAUCUUGGCUCGCCGAUGCAGACCGGGAAUUUAAAUUCGACUCCCAGCUUUCUUUUGUCCAUCUUAGAUCUCUGUUCUGACACUGCGACGGACUUUGCGCAAAUAUUCAACGACAUGCUUGCCGAGGGGCUCAAAUUAGAUGAUGAUGAUGAAGGCACUCUGUCACUUACUGGUGUGAUUCUCACUAGCUCUGAAUUGGUCACCUCGUUAAAUGAUGUGAUGCUUAAUGUAAAGGGUCUUUCUAAAGUAAUCUCACCUGCAGACGAGCUGCUGACCUUAAAGGUUUUGGAUGAUAUUUUGACAAAAGCAGAGGAUUAUUUUCAAAGCCUCACAUCAGAUGCGCUCGAGACACUCGAAAGUGAUGAAGAAAAAAUUGACCUAGUUAUUGAUUUGAAUGUCCGAUUCCAGCAUUCUUUGAAGGAAUUGUCGGCAAUUAUUGAAGGCAUUCAGCCAAGAUAUACUAUAUCUUCGAAGAGAAAAAAUCUCGAAGACGUGGUUGACGAAGAGAUGAACUUGGCAGCAAAGCAAAUCGAUGCUGCCAUGCAACAUCUCACAACCCUUCAGCUGCAUCAGCGUGAAAACCACGACAUGAAAAUUCAUCUGGCCAUUGUAUCUGCUGCUAUGCUUGUCACAGAGGCUGUAACAGCUUUAAUUAAAGCAUCGAUUGAAUCUCAGCAUGAGAUAGUCGCAAAAAAUAAAGGCAGCCAGACUGUACGCGAAUUCUACAAAAAGAAUAAUCGAUGGACGGAAGGUCUUGUCAGUGCCGCCAAAGCUGUAGCUGGUGCAACUAACGUCUUGAUCGAAACUGCUGAUGGUGUUCUACAGAAUCAAAAUUCACACGAGCAAUUAAUUGUUGCAUGCAACGAGGUUGCUGCUUCAACUGCACAACUUGUUGCAGCGUCGCGUGUGAAGGCAGAUAACAUGUCUGAAACUCAAGACAAGUUAGAAUCAACUUCAACAAAGGUCAAUUCCGCUUGCAAAUCCUUAGUAAGCAAAGUCCAAGACCUUUUAACCAAAAAUUCGGCUGGUACAUCAUCUGACGUAGAUCUCAGCAAGUUAACUCCAUACGAAGGAAAGACUCUUGAAAUGGAACAACAGGUGGAGAUUCUCAAGCUUGAGAACUCGCUACAAGCUGCACGUAAAAGACUUGCAGAAAUCAGAAAAUUUGGUUACAGGGACGAUGAUGAUUCUGACGCCUAA